CGAUAAAUUUAAUCCCAUCCCAUGAUAAGGUCAUUUUUUGAAUACUAAGGUGAAAUUAAGUUUAAAUCCCAGUAUCUGAUCCGAUCUGAUGAUUAUUGAGUAAAAAGGAAGCAGAGUAACCGAAUAGGGAGAGAACAAAGUUUAGGGUUGUGUUGUUGGGAUCCAACACGAACACGACACAAACAAAGAACAAAGGAUGAGGAUGAAGAGGGUUUUCGUUGUUUACAGUGUUUUGUUGCUGCUGGUCCAGUUUUGGCUUGGUGAGGCUGAGACAUUCUCGGUGGAUGGAAAGGUUUUGGUUUUGGACGAAUCCAACUUCGAUUCCGCCAUAGCCUCCUUCGAUCACAUCUUGGUUGACUUUUACGCUCCCUGGUGUGGCCACUGCAAGCGUCUCUCUCCCGAGUUAGAUGCAGCCGCCCCUGUACUUGCAACCUUGAAGGAACCCAUAAUCAUAGCAAAAGUAGAUGCAGACAAGCAUACCCGCCUUGCGAAAAAAUAUGAUGUUGAUGCAUAUCCGACCAUUUUGCUGUUUAAUCAUGGCGUCCCCACAGAAUACCGUGGACCAAGGAAGGCAGAUUUACUUGUUCGUUAUCUGAAGAAAUUUUCUGCUUCUGAUGUUUCCAUUCUGGAUUCAGAUUCUGCUGUGAAUAUGUUCGUUGAAGAAGCAGGCACUUUUUUCCCGAUUUAUAUAGGUUUUGGUUUGAACAGUUCGGUACUAGAAAAGUUUGGCAUAAAGUACAAGAAAAAUGCAUGGUUUUCUGUGGCAAAGGAUUUUUCAGAGGAUCUCAUGGUAUUGCAUGACUUUGAUAAGAUUCCUGCCUUGGUUUCCCUGAAUCCACAGUACAAUGAGCGGAACACAUUCUAUGGACCCUUUGAAGAGGAUUUUUUAGAAGAUUUUGUAAGACAAAACCUGAUUCCUUUGGCUGUGCCUGUAUCCUAUGAAACACUCAAGUUGAUGAAAGCAGAUGGAAGGAAAAUAGUUUUGACAAUUGUUGAGGAUGAAGAUGAAGAAACAACAAGAGAGCUGAUUAAGUUAUUGAAGGCUGCGGCAUCUGCAAAUCGUGACUUAAUAUUUGGUUACGUUGGAGUUAAACAGAUGGAAGAAUUUGCUGAAAAUUUUGAUAUUGAUACUAAACUACCAAAAAUGGUCAUUUGGGAUAAAAGUGAUGAUUACCUUUCAGUUGUUGAUUCAGAAACCAUAGAGGGGGAGGACCAAGGAACUCAAAUCACUAAAUUUCUCGAAGGAUACAGGGAAGGAAGAACCAUAAAGAAAACAUUUAGUGGCCCUUCACUAAUGCGAUUCAUCCAUCGAUCCUUUGACAUUAGAAUGGUGUACAUCAUUGUUUUUGUGGUGGCAGUACUGAUGCUAAUUCAGACAUUCAGUAAAGGAGGUGAUGAAUACCAGAGUGUACCCAAUCAAGUUCAAACUGAUCAUGCAAUCAGUUCUGUUUCUGAAGCUGAAAACAAUGAGUAUAAACCUGGUGACAAGGAAGACUAAAAAUUAACAUAAUACAUUGAUAAUUAAUGAACGUGGUCAGGAGUAUUCUAGAAAGUAGCUGGCUUUAGAAUUACCAUACCUAUUGGUAUGAGUAAAUAUUUUGAGUUUGUGUAUCUCCAUAAUUUUGAAUACUGUUCAAACUCUUGCCUUUUGAUUUACACCUUUCCACUAGUUAUUUCUUAGCAUGAAAAAGGCUUAUUUAUUACUUUAAAAAUGACAAUCAUGAAAUUGUUAACUUUAUUAUUAUUUGCGUCCA